AUGAAAACCUUGGCACAACACAGCUAUACAGAGAAAUUCAGACCAGCAGAUCUGCAAUGGAAGAUCCGGAAAAAUGAGACCAACACUUCAUGCAAUGCUGAAUCAGAGACAGAUGAGAUCCGGAUUGUCCUGAUCGGAAAGACAGGGGUUGGAAAAAGUGCAACAGGAAACACCAUCCUGGGAAAGGAAGUCUUUGAAUCCAAUAUUUCCGCUUCAUCUAUUACCCAAGACUGUAAAAAGAAAUCUAACAUUAUUAAUGGGAGAAAAAUCUCAAUUAUUGACACACCUGGUCUUUUUGACACAAGAAAAGAUAAAGAAAGUAAACAAAAGGUAAUGGAAGAAAUUAAGAUGUGUAUAUCUUAUUCUGCUCCAGGUCCUCAUGCCUUUCUAGUUGUUAUUAAAUUGGAAAGAUUCACAGAAGAAAAUGAAAAAACAAUAGAAUUUAUUGAAAGAUUAUUUGGUAAAGAUGCAAUACCUUAUACCAUGGCACUGUUCACUCAUGGAAAUCAACUUAAAGGGAAGAAUAUUGAAACAUUUGUGAGCGAAAAUUCAGAACUACAGAAUUUUGUCAGAAAAUGUGGGGAGCGCUGCUUUGUGAUUGACAAUGACAAACAGGAUAGAGCACAGGUUAUGCAGCUGCUAGACAAAAUUGAUGAAAUGGUUAGUAUUAAUGAUGGACAAUACUACACUAAUGAAAUGCUUCAGGAAGCAGAGAAAGCAAUUGAGGAGGAGAAACAACGGAUCAUGAAGGAGAAUGAAGAAGAGCGAAAGAGGGAGAUGGAGGCUCUAGAGCGUGAGAUUCAAAAUCUCGUGCAUGAAGAACAAGAGAAAAUGAAAAGGCAAUUAGCUAAGGAUCAGGAGGAACGGGCAAGAAUUGAAGCUGAGAACAACAAUUAUUUUAUUCGCUUUCAUCCGUUGAAAUUGCUUAUUGAUCUUGUCAAUUUUUUGUUUCCAAAUUAAACAGGUUGUUUCAUUUGAUUAUUUCCAUGUAUGCUUUACAGUAACAUAUCCCAGCAGAAGUUCAGAAGAGCAGAUGUUUAGAAACAAUUUUGUUUACAUAUUUUAACUCUAGUAUUAGGCCUACCUAUUAUGAAAGGUGCCCAAAAGUAUCAUACAGGGGGACGAAAAACUUAGAUUAUUCAAAACAUUUACAGAUGUGUCUCUGAUUUUCAACAACAAAUGUUUCUCCAAUUUUUUUUCUCAGUUUUUAAGACUAAUACAAUUUUAGACCAUUUCUAUAAUAGAGUAUGUACAAACUUUGCUGUGAAUGACCAUCUACAAUGGGCAUCCUUUUUAUUUACUCUGUAUGUUUUUUUUAUUUUUAAUCAAAAUAAAUUAAGAGUAUAUCCUGUGGGAUUAAUCCUUUGUUUUCCAGACUUAACUUUUCUAGAUACAGUCGUUCUGGUCUGUUUUGUUAAACUUGAAAAUGUAUCAGCCUUUUUAUUAUUAUGCCCUCAG